AUGAGCUUUUUAACCACAAACCUAUAUUUUGCUGCAGCUUAUAAAGUGUUCUUCAUCACUUUUGGAACUAUUGGUAAUUUACUAUUCAUUCACUUGAAUUUCAGAAGAAAACAACUGCGAUCAAGAACUUCAGUUCUACAAUGUUUUCAAUGUGCUUUUCACAUAUUUUGCCUAUUCGGAUCAAUUUUUGAAGGAGCGUUAAACUUUAUGAAUCCAAUGAACCGAUACAAAUGCUUUUGGUUUAUUUCGUAUUUUAUAUUUUCGCAAACUGCUCAAGAUAUCAUUAUGUUGAUUAUUGUACUAGAUAUUUUGUGUUUUGUUCAGUUUCCUUUUUUAUACAUGCGCAUUUCAAAAAUCAAAUAUAUUUUCUUCACGGGGUUUCCUGUUUUCAUUACAUCUUGCGCUAUAACUGUAUAUAGCUAUUAUGUGGCAAAUUAUGAAUAUAUACCAGAUUGUGCACCAAUGUUUGUUUUGGAUACUUUUUCGAGUAUCAUCCACAAAAUUUUAACACUAUUCCUCAAUGGGAUUGUCACUUUUGUCUAUAUAAUUUUAAUCUGCAUUUUCUAUUUAAAAAAUCAGACUGGAAAUCAAAACUCCCUGAAAACAAUGAAACGUCUCCAGUUUUCGGUGGCAAUAUUUAUUUUCACUUGGUUUUUCAGUCAAGCAAUCGCGCUUUUCCUUCGGGAAAGAGACUUCCAAACAACAUGGGAAAUUAUAUUGUAUGUUCAUAAUUCCUUUCUAACAUUGCUCUCAUUUAGCAAUACUUUUUAUGUGGCAAUAUGGCAAAGUGACGAAUAUCGAAAUAAUUUUCGUUUGGAAUGGGGAUUUAAGCGGAGAGUAAGCACUACAAAUCCGAAUACAUUUAUGUAAAUAAAUCGUAUUACUUCUUAUUAUUAUUACAAAAUUAAUAAAUUGUAAACUGUAAUCGAGAAUAAAUUUUGGAUAAGUU